UAAAUUUCUUAAUUCCAUAAUCAAUCCUUGGAGAAACCCUCAUCACUCAUCACUGCAGCUCGCAGCUCGCAGCUCGCAGCACACGCCUACAGUCAGCACACUCGUCCCCGUCGUCCUCCAUAGACACGUCUCGCCGGAGCGUUGCGUCGUGUUAGGGCUAAGUGCCAAGUGCUGAAGCUGCUGAUAUUGUGACUUGUUGGUAAAGAUGAGACUGCUAACACAUAACAUGCUGUCAUCGAACAUUAAGGGUGUGGUGAAUGGAUUUCCAUUGCGCAUUGAAGCAGAGAAAGUGGUGGAAAAGACAGUGGAAAUGAACGGUGAGUUUCUGAAAAAGAUGUUUGAGAAGAUUGAUUGGAAGGCUUUUGUGGAUGCAUCGCGGGCCAUGGGAUACACUGAACUACCUGAGGAGGCUGACUCUUCCAUGCUGGAUUCUGAUGAGUUUUUGAACAGGUUUCACCAUGCUCUCUUGGAACUCCACCUUGAAGAAGGCGCCCUUGUUUGCCCCGAGACUGGAAGACGCUUUCCCGUUAAUAAGGGAAUUCCAAAUAUGCUUCUUCACGAGGAUGAGGUCUGAGUUUUGCUAUUAAUUAUCAGCUUCACCUGUUUAGUGGCACUAGGUUUUUUGACUCCAGUUAAGAAUGUUGGUGAUGGAACUGAAUCAGAAUUUAUAGUUGUGGGUGUCAAGUUUUUAACAAAUGUAUUUGGCUGGGCUAUUCUUGGAUAGUUUGAUUAUUCCCAAUUUCACGUUAUAUUAAACCGCAGCAAUAGCGUAAGGCUUUUAUUUUAUUUGUAUGUGUUUCUAUUACUAUCUCCUACCUUUUGUAUUGAUGCCAGUUGUUCUUGAAUGAGUGUUUAUUUCCCCUCUA